AUGACUUUUGUUCAUAUGGUGCUGCUCAAAUUCCGCCCUGAGGUCACCCAGGAGCACAAGACGGCCUUCGUCAAAGAGCUCAAGACACUCAAGAAUCUGGCCUGUGUCAAAAACAACCGAUUGCUCUUCGGUGGCCCAUCAGUAACCAACCCCAUUGAACGAAGCAAGGGGUUCGAGUUUGCCCUGGUGAGCUACCAUGAGACUCGAGCGGCAUUGGAUGAGUACCAAUACUGCAAAGAACAUGCUCACAUCUCAAGCACCUAUCUCUAUCCAUCGUACCUGGAGGACAUCUCCGUCUUCGACUUCCAAGUCGAUGCAGAGGAUGAAUACAUGUGUGAUUUUGGGCCAACUGCGAAAAUUUAA